AAAAAUGGAAAACUACCUUAAAAUCUCUUCAUAUGUCGAAAAUGGAACUUUAAAUACACUUAAAUCUAACAAGAAUAAUUCUAAUGGCUCAAAUAAAUCGCCUUCUGAUAAAUUACUGGGAGAUAGACGGCAUGUUUUUUACCACAAGAGGACUGCAAAGGCGGUUGAUGCUGUUAAACGAAAGGCGAGAUCUGAGCUUAAAAAGAAUGAAUGGUACAGCGAAGGUUAUUCUGUAAAUUCUGCUCAAUUUCUUUCUCAAAUGGCGCUGGGACCGGAUACUAUAGAACGCGUGGAUGCCUCCAAAAUGACUUGUCAAGAAUUUGCUGAACGUUAUGAAAAGUUGGAUAAACCUGUGAUUUUGUUGGGUUUGAUGGAUGAAUGGAAGGCUAAUGAGCGGUGGAAUUUACAGGCCCUUCACCGAGCUUAUCGAAACCAAAAAUUUAAAUGUGGGGAAGACGACGAUGGAUACUCUGUAAAGUUGAAAAUGAAAUAUUAUUUGCAUUAUAUGACAGCAAAUUGUGAUGAUUCGCCUCUUUAUAUUUUUGAUUCUGGUUUUGGAGAGGUUUUUUUGUUAUUUUUAUUUUUGAAGUAUAGUUGGACCUCGGAUUCAUAUACCUGGGAUUUGCCGUUUUCGUCUUCCUUUGAUUUUCGCCUUUUUUUCUCUCGAUUUUUUCGUUAACGUCGUUGUUGACGAACGACCU